UCACCGUUUAAGAAGUAACCAUAGAAACGAAGGAGACCACUAUUACCAUUUUGACUUCUUUUAUUUACUAGAUUUUUGACACCUAGGAAAAUACAAUUUUUUAUUUCUUUCUUAUUCUGCAGUGAAAUACCUAAAAAAAGAAGAAAAAAUCGUGGUGGGGAAGGUUAGAGUAGCCAAAGCCAUUGGAAUUUUGAUUUUAUACAUUGGAUAAAUCCGUUGUUUUAGCAAUGUUUCAUGUAAAUGAAAACAAAGUUAUUGUAUUUAUUCGAGCUAUUAGUAGUCAACAACUGAUACUCACAUUUUCUGAGAAGUAACAUCUAUAUGUGGUCAUGUAAAGUGCCAAGGAGAAAGAUAUAACAGAAAAAACAAGGAAACUUAGAGAGCCCAGCAGAGGGGAACAGUGAGCACAAGAAACUUAAAGAUGAAGGCUUCCAAUUCCUCAUGUUAAAGGAGCAUAUCAGGAGGUUGGAAGUAUGGAAGAAAGCUAGGAGAAUAUGGAUACUUUCUCUAUCGAUGUAGGGUCAGUUAAAGAGAAAAUCUUCUUUCAAGAUUUUCUUCACCUACAUCAGUCCUUAUCUAUCUUCUUAGAAAGGAUUACAACGCCUUUUAUCGUAACCAUAGACUUUCGCAGGACGGAAGUCUUCUCUUACCUAAUGAGAAAUGAAGACGAAGGACAAUGGAAAUGUUAUUUGCAGCCUACCGGCCCUACCCAAGAAAAAGCUUCAGGACUUGUGCAGGAGACACGGGUUAUCUCCUUACAAGACAAAACCCAAUCUUUUGAAUUCUUUGGUACCUUACAUCAAGGGUGCAGAUGAGCUUUUAUUUAAAGAGAUGAAGACAAAGGACGGUGGAAAUUCCAUUAGCAGGCUACCUAAGAAAGAGCUUCAAGAUUUGUGCAGGAAACACGGUUUAUCUCCUUAUAAGACAAAGCCUAAUCUUGUAAACUCUUUGAUCACUUACGUCAAGGGAACAGAGAGUUUUUCCUUUAGAGAGAUGAAGACAAAGGAGAGUGGAAAUUCCAUUUACAGCCUACCCAAGAAAAAGCUUCAAGAAUUGUGCAAGAAGUACGGUUUGUCUCCUUAUAAGACAAAACCCAAUCUCGUGAAUUCUUUGAUCAAUUACUUCAAGAAAGCAGAUAUAGAAACUUCUGAAGGCAAUGGGUACAACGUUCUAGAUUCUUCUGGAGAGAUAUUGUUUUCAAGAUUCAUCACUCAGUGUGAUGAGAAGGGUUUCAAUCAAAGACUUCACAGUCCACAAAUAAGUUUUUCCAAGAAUGCAUUUACUUCUGACAUAAAGCCAAUGCAUGUGCCUUCUUUUGAGUUUUCUGUCUCAUCAGAAGAUGGAAUCAAUCUUUACGUUGACUUGAAUUCAUGCCCAUCAGACUCUUUUAAAAGAUUGGAAAAGAAGGUGUGUGUAUGUCACAAUCCGCAGAAUCACAAAUUUCAAAGUUUCUGUCAGGAGAUUCAAUACCUAGGGAAUAACAGACAAAUGACAAGUUCAUUUAUCUGGAAAACAGAUUCAGAUAGUAGAUUUAACAGUGGCCAUGCACAAACUGUUUCUUCCGCAAGUUUAUGUGGUACUUUUGAUGUAUGUCAUACAGCAAAUAUAGAUGAUGCAUCUUUGGGAUUUUCAGCAACGACAAAGUCACGUGAUGGUUCUGUAGAAAAUCUUACACGUCCAGAAGGAAAACAGGGAAGCCCGUCGUCAUUUAGAAACAUUUGUGGUGUACAGAACAUGAAUAUCACUGAUGUAAAUACUUUUACGGGAGAGGAGAUCAAAUGUGUGGGUCUGAAUACCUUUCAAGCUUCAGAAAAACCAGUGGCUAUUAAUAAAACUUUCAGUGUUGAGGCUUAUAACCCAGAAAACACUACAGAGGCUUUUGAUACUAGUCUGUGUAAAUCUUUUCAUGCAUCGUUGGAGAAAUUAGCUAUCAGUUCCCUUGCAGAUGUGCCAGGGCUAAAACAUAAUAAAAUUGAAAAUCAGAAUACUAGGCUCUGUGAUGUAGGUUGUCUCAAUUCUGAAAGGCAGCAAAGUUGUGUCUCAGAGAAGCUUCUUGUGCUAUCUCAUCUCUCUUCGGAAACUGAUUUUGCAGAGAUAGAAGCUUCAGAAAUGGGCAGUCAUCGUCAACUUUCAUCAUAUUCUUCUUCUGGAAAAGAUGGCCUUAGAAAUUUGGUUGAUGCAGCAGAGAGCCUCAGAAGUCAACUACCCCUUUCUUGUGAGGAUAGCUGCAGCAUUUUCCUGGAUGACAUGCCUUCAUCUGCUGAUGGAGGGGCAAGGGACAGCUAUGCCAACAGAUCAGAAGCUUCAGAAGAGCUUUUGAAGAAGCAGGAGCAAUUAUCCCAUGGAGGGAAGAAGAGAAAGACGCAUGACGGUAAAUCUGAUAAUGUUCAUCAAUGUAAUGAUGGGAGAAUUUUGAGAAGUGCAACCCGUCUACAAAGUCUUCCUAGAAGAUCUAUUCGGCUUGUCUCUAAGCGACUGGUGGCAUGGAAUUCCUAAGUGUUAGAGAUCCGCCUAUGUAAUAUUAAACUCUCAGUACUGGUGUACACCAUACAUAUUCUUGUGGUUCCUCUAUUCUGUAUACAAGAGAAUAAUUUAUUUGAGGUCCGGCCAAUUUGUUUAACGUCAUCUAGUUUUCAUUCAGCUAGAAUAACAAUUUCUUCUUUUUUGAACUUUCCUUUGUUGUUAUGCCUCAUUGUUUAAGAGUUUGCACCUGUUCGCUAUUUGUUAUAAACCAGUUUGUGUCACUCGAUCGGAACUCUGCAGCUUAAAGUCAAGAGGGGAAUGAACACCUCUUGUUUGCCCCCAA